GUGACGGUCGCCACGGUGACGGCCACCUGAGACCCGAGCUGUGCGCGGGCGCGCGUACCUGCGACCGAGCGUCCGAUGCUGUACAGGUGCGCUAUGUCCGGGUUGGAGGCGUUGACCCGGAGGAGGUAACCCGCUACCUCGCCGUUGCUAUGGUAACGGAAAUCCAGCAUCAUGGCAGCGGGGGCGAGGAUGAGGAGGAGGAAGGAGGGUUGUGACAUGCCUGCGCAGCAAGAAAACACAAAACAAUCGUCAAGUUACGAUUUCCACUUUCCGCCUCUCCCAGCGGACGGUCGAUAUCGUACACGGCGCGGACACGUGAAGGCGGGACAUGCGGUCAACAGAGCAGACACACACAGUCGAAAUUGCGGACAGGAGAUGCGGUAAACGCGGUACGGGCAGUACAAAGUCGAGGCAGGAGACGCGAUCGAGGUCGUAGACGUGCUACGGCGGAGAAGCGCGAGACGUUUUGGCUUCGGCGUGACGAAAAUGGGGCGAACUGAUGGAAUUGUCCUCCCAAAUCAUCCAAUCAACGCAUUUGAAUCGUGUGCGACCGAUGUCCGUGUUGGAAUGGAGUCUUUUCCCCCGCAGUGAGCCCGCAGAUGAAACUCAUUCGCAGGAAGCCGCAUUUUAGCACGACGACGGCAGACGCGAUCAAGUGAACGACAAACGAUGAGCAGCCGUCAUCGCGCAGGAAAAAUGCGGACGAGCGGCGGAACAAAAGGGCGACUUAAAACGAUGUCACGUGACGCGCCAAAAUCAUCUGGGCACAAUUUGAAGUGGAAAGAACUUGAAAAGGAUCGCGUACGAGUCAAGACUCGAUUUCGGCGGAACGUCACCAGCCGCGUGUCGUGGGACCUGCGCCGGCGUUCUAAGGUUCCCAUUUUGAAUCGUAUUCUUUCAAAACAGCAGCAUCUGCAGUGCUGCUUUGCGCCGCGAUUCAUUCGGAAGCACGUCGACUUCCUGCCUGAUUUCGGGAGCUGGGCCGACUGCUUCGAGUACCUCAUGAAGUGACCAGCGAGUAUCGAGCAACAAGAGGAAGUAAGAACACGGUUCUGACGUCAUGAUGAUUUCUGGGAAAUCUGCUGUUCCGCGUCACGUCAGCCAAAUGACUUCCCAUAAGCAGAGGACAUUCGACGGCGAGUGAGCUCAUCAUCAGCAGACUGACUCCGUGCCGGAAGGAUGGCGCUGGACAACGAGUGCAAGGACCAACUGUGGGGAACGCUGAUCGAGCUGUCACAGGUCAACUUCAAGGUCUUCAGGUUCCACGCGCACCUGCCCGAGAGUGUAGAUGAAAACGCCGACCAGAUGGACAUCGUCAACGAGCUGGAGAAGAAGCACGGCAAAGACGCUGUGGAGGAGACCGUCAAGAUCCUGGAGACGAUCAACGAGUACCACCUGGCCGAGAAGCUGCGCAAGGGCGUGUUGCGAAUAAAAGAUUCUGCCCGUGGAAAGAGCACCACCAGGAGGAGGAAGGCCUGCGACCUCCGUAGAACUAGUACCAUCUUCUCUGUCGACAACGAUCGGAUCGCCAAAUUCAAGUGGGAGCUCCAAAACGACCUGCGGAGUGCCUAUAUCAACGCUCCCGAGGGCAAUACCGAGCCCUGGGAGCAGCCGUGUCUGGCGGACAUCUACACGGAUCUGAACAUCACCCACGGCGCCGACAUAAGUCCGACCCCGGAGCACGAGGUCCUUCAGAUGGAGAUGUGCGGCGUGGCCAAGAAGUCUAUCGAACCAUGUAACAUCUUCAAAAGCGCCAGCGGGAAGCCGCAGCCCAUACGCCUUUUGCUCACCGUUGGCUUCGCUGGGAUUGGAAAAACCUUCCUGGUCCGCAAGUUUGUGCUGGACUGGGCUAGUAGAAAAACCAACAAGGACGUGGACUUCAUAUUUCCCUUCACCUUCCGUGAGUUGAACUUGGAGAAUGGGAAAAGCUUUUCGUUGGCAAACCUCAUCCGAUACUCCAUCCCCGAGACCAAGGUUGUGAGCGUGGAGAUGCUGAACAUUAUAUUUGUCAGGUUGCAGGGGUCUGGGAAGCAUAACUACGAAAGCAGCAACAUCAAGAUUUUGUUUGUGCUGGACGGAUUGGACGAGUGCCGCCUCAAACUGGACCUGAGCAACAAGACGAAGAAGGACCUCGACGUGACCAAGGCCUACCCUGUGGAGGUGCUCCUGGCAAACCUCAUCACGAAGAACCUGCUUCCCUGCGCCCGAAUCUGGAUCACCACACGGCCUAUGACGGCGCACAACAUCCCGCCUAAUCUCAUCAACAGCAAAACAGAGGUGAAAGGAUUCAGUGACUCCCAGAGGCUGGACUACUUCAGAAAGAGGUUCCGAGAUGAGGAGUACAUCGUUAAGCACAUCCAGAAAUCUCGCACCCUCUUCAUCAUGUGCCACAUGCCCAUCUUCUGCUGGCUCACCACCAAAGUUCUUCAGGAUUAUUUGGACAAAGGGAAGUACAGCGAGCUGCCUAAAACCCUAACUGAGAUGUACACGGCGUUCCUUUUUUAUCACCUGGAUAAGUCCAAGGAGAGACUGACGACGAAGAGCAUCAAAUACGUCAAAGCGCUAGCAAAACUGGCAUUUGACCAGCUGAUGAAAAAAAGUCAGCUCUUUUACGAGAACGACUUGCGGGACAGCGGUUUUGAUUACCUCCGAGCCGCAAAACACUCCGGAGUCUUCACCGAGGUGAUUAAGAAGGUACAUCCACUGAAGAAAAACCAACAGGUCAAGAUGUUUCAGUUCAUCCAUCUGACCAUGCAGGAGUAUCUGGCUGCUCUGUACGUGAUGAUGAGCUUCUUCCACGACAACAAGAACGUACUAGCCCAUUCGGCGCUGUCACUGGAAUGUCUUGUCAUGCUUUGUAAGCAGAAGCCAAUCACUCAGGUCCACGAUAUUGCGAUCCAAAGAGCCGCCAAAAGUGACGGAAACCUGGACUUGUUCCUGCGCUUCCUGUUGGGCCUUUCCUUGCAGUGCAACCAGGACAUCCUCGGUGAACUGCUCAAGGUUCCGAAGCACAAUGAGUACAACAAGUCAGACACGGUCCUGUUGAUCAAGAAAAGAAUAGAGCAGAACACUCCAGGAAAGAACAUCAACCUUUUCUACUGCCUAAACGAGCUGAAGGACAACUCCCUGCUGGAGCAGAUCCAACGAUACUUACGUUCAGGACGUUUGUCCUCCAACAUCGAGGCUCUGGACAUGUGGUCGGCCCUGGUCUUCUUUUUACUGAGCUCCGACGAAGCCAUGAAUUGCUUUGACUUUAAGCAGUACUGUGCAUCGGCGGUGGGGCUCUUGAUGCUGCUGCCAGUGGUCAAAGCUUCUCAAAAAUCAUUGCUAAAUGACUGCAACCUGAGCAAGGACAGCUAUCACCUGCUGACCUCCGUUCUCAGCUCACCGUCCAACCUGAGGCAUCUGGAUCUCAGCGACAAUGACCUGUACGACAGCGGGGCCGAGAUCCUCUCGGACGGACUGGCGAAGCCACAUUGCAUCUUGCAAGUCCUCAGGCUGUCAGGCUGCAUGAUCACGACGCCAGGAUGCGUUUCAUUGGCCAAGGCUCUCGAGCUGAACCCCUCCCACCUCGAAGUGCUGGACCUUAGCUACAAUUACCCGGGAGAGGAAGGAAAGAGGAUCUUAAUGGAGGCCCAAAUGAAUCCCAGCUCCAGCCUGAAGACUGUCAACCUGGAUCACGGCGGCAAAGAACGUUUGAUUUCCGGCUUAAAGAAAUGUGAGUCGUUAAAAUGGUUGAUAACGUCAGACUUUACAGACAAAGUGGAGUCCUUGUUGUCUUGUUCAGAUCUUUGCAGACCCACGUUGGACCCCAACACGGCUCACGACUGCCUCCAACUGUCCGACCGCUGCAAGACGGUGACGGUGGUGCUGGAGGAGCAGCUGUACCCGAGGAACCCGCAGAGGUUCACCUGCUGGCGUCAGAUUCUUUGCAAGGACGGACUGAGUGGACGCCGCUACUGGGAGGUGGACUUGGAGGGGAAGGUUUCCGUUGGCGCGACGUACGACACGAUCCGGCGGAUCGGGGAGGGUGACGAUGUGUGUCUGGGAGGCGCAGAAGCUUCCUGGGCGCUGCUGUGCGACGACAACGCCACCUACGCGGCGCGCCACCACGACAGGACGGUGAACCUCGAACCCCGCGCCUCCCCGGAGUCCAACAAGGUAGCCGUGUUUCUGGACCAUCCCGGUGGCGCGCUGUCCUUCUACAAAGUGACUUCGGAGGGGAUGAUACUACUCCACGCCUACCACGCCACCUUCACGCAGCCACUUUAUCCGGCCUUCGGAUUUGGCUUCGAUAACGGAUUUGACGGUGUCGGAGACUCCGUGUCGAUCGGUGGGGAAAACGUGCUCAUCUUUACCCGCUUCUAAAGCCCGCCCUGCGAGAUAAGCGCAACACGUCCUCAGCACAACCGCAAAGCGCAAACGGGUCUUGGCGGAAAUGCGUUCCCGUCGUCGCAGGUUCAGGGGGCGACGCGCCGAUAUGAAUCGUAACUUAGACUCAAUUCAUAGCAACACGAGGAAGAACAGCCGUCAGUGCCAACCUGGCACGAUGCAGGAUGCGACGUCAUCAGCAUGGGACACAUUUGGGCCCUGCGAUGAACAGGUACGACAGCAGAGGGCGCCCUCGUCCCACUCACCGCAGCACUGAACGAGUUGAAGUCAACGGGAACUGCGAAAAGAAGAGUUUCGCUUUGAACAACCCGACCGUUUCGCCAAGUGUCAUCUUCCCAGGCAAAGUGUGUGCCGUGCUGAUGGAAAAAUGGAAAUAAGUUAGCAUGUGUUGUGCUUUUCCGCUCGCUUCGACUUAAGAGUCGAGAAAUGUUUUAUCACUGCCGAGCUUUCUCCCACGGGAUGAGUCGUAUGUGCUUGCAGGUGCAAGGACACAUUUGAGAGGAGUCUUUCUGUGUCUUGAUCAGAAGUAUAUCAUUCUUCCACUGUCUCAACCACAACCAAGAAUGGGAUGCCAUGAUCACGUGAGCUGCAACAAGCAUGGAUGCCCCCGCCUUUGUAUUGUUGGAAUUCAUAGGUAACAAGGGAACUGCCCUCAACUAAUCAAGAGAGAGAAUCCGGCAGAGUGGACUCAGAAAACGGGUUGGAGACUGGAACUCAGUACACUCAGUACACUCUUUACACUACACUCUACACUCUCCCUCCCUCUGUGUCUGUCUUCGGUGUCUUGAGCCUGACACGUGCUUAUGUCAUGAGACACGUUUUUGGGAUGCAGUUGUAGUUUGAGGUUGAGCCCGAGUUUUUGGAUGCAGCGACGACGCGCGUCGGUGCGAGCCGAGCACAUUUCACACUCAUUCGAGUGAUUAUCCAGUUUUGCUUUGAUUCGAUGCGAAAUGUUUCGCCGUUUGCAUACAUUCUUGGUCGUUGUCAUGUUAAAUGAAGGGGGUUUUGUGUUACUUUGAAUCUUCAACGGGAAGAACAACAAACACGUCGGUCAUGGUUCAAGUCGGCGUUCGCGGUGACAUCAUCGGCCGUUUGUCAGCACGUGAAACAUCCGGUAGCCCCGCCCACUCCGUUCUCCGGGCCGCGCCGUCGGCCCCCGGCAGGAGGUCCGACUAGGAAGACCGACGACGCGACACCGCGCCAUCGACAGGCCAAUCGGCUCCGCCCAUCGCGGCCGCUCGCGGGGCACACGAUUGCGUGCCGAUGCCAUUUAUGUUGUGCGGAGAGGAACAGGAAGUGUCGUCCAUCUUUGCAGAGACCCUCAACUCUUUUUCUCUGGCUUUCCUCAACCCCUUCCUUUUCUUUGUCAUCUUAACGACGCUCGUUUAUCAUUGCUGGCGUACAACGGUCAAAUCAUUGCGUCGUCAUCAUGAUUCCUAGUUCAUCAGCGCCGGUGCGAGACCGGAGGUGACGUCAGCGGGCAGGAGUGGAGACGUUUGACUUUGGGAAAGUUACUGCUGUGACGGCAACUGUCACGAAGGAGACGGGCGCAACGAAUGCCAAUGUCAUUCUAUUCGGAAAAGGUCCAACUCUGCCGCUUCAUUAUCGUGAAAUAUGCUCGCGCGAACACACACAAUGUGUUGCGCUCUCUGUAACCGCGGACACCCAUCCAACAUUAAGGUGUUUACGAUUUCGCUUUUUUUUUUUUUUUGGAAUCAUUCACACACGCAAACACACUCACUGACACACAAGCGCGCGCGCGCGCACACGCACCACGAGGCCAAGUCAUGAGAGGAACGCUGCGCUGCAUUCAGGGUCUGCGGAAACCAUCGGCCAUCAAGUGUGAUACAAAACAAACAUUUGCAAACAGUCUUUCAGAAGGUGUCCUGUCGUAAACCUUGUUUCGAGCUCAUUUUGACUUGAAAUAAGACAAAAAGUUUGCCAGGGGAAUACGUUUUGUGGUUUUUGGCAAUUUGAUGAGGAUGGUAUCCAAUUUGAAUGGGCUUUGACUCGAAAUAACAUUCUCGGUGAGAUUCUGGGUUUUUGCAGGGCAUGUCCAGGAACAAAUCAAUAAAAU